AUGACAUGUCCGAUUGGCCUGUGUCGCUUCAGACCUCGGACUGGGACCAAAACGUCAUUAAAUGGGUCAAUGAUGGAAUGGAUGAAAUGGGAAGGUCAAAGGCGAAACCCUCGAGGCAGUUUUCAAGGAGACUAAACGAUCAAUCUACCACCACUUGCAGUGUCAGGGAGUGGGCGCAACGAAGCCUGCUGUUGGCCUCAAGGUUGUACUUCAUCUAUGCAUGAAGCUGCUUCACAACGACGAGACCUUUCGAACCUGGUUUUCCAAAUAUCACCCAGCAGUCGCAGCAUACCUGAGACGCAUCAUUCAUUUGCAACUCCGACUGCUGGAUCUCUGGUUUCUGAACUCCAACCACAACACAUCCUCCACUCAGUCUCGCGCAAUUCGCAUUUGCAACACGACUCUCGUGUUGAUGCUAGCAGAUGAGAAGGCACCUAGGAAAGAGAACUCGACCAGUCCAGUUCCUGAUGAACCAGACCACACUGUCUGGCAUCUCCAUUCAAACACACUCGAAUGGAUCGAAGAGUUGAUGAAUUCCAUUGGUCUCACCCCGGAAACUCUUGAGGGCACAAGGAGCGACUGGAAACCAGAAAAGAGCUUUGAUAUCAAGAGACGCUCAAUCAAGAAUACCGGAACUCAAGAAGAAGACUCUGAUGAAAUCUUGGUACCCUUGGCUGCACAAAUGAAGCCGCGCGAUAAAGACCUGAAGUACCUUGCAACCGCUUAUUACAACAAGAAGUGGGAGCUGUGGAAUACCCAUCAGAUGCUAGACAGGUUGGACAAGGUGGCCUCAUCCAGGGCCGACAGCUCCUAUCGGAAACGGCGAUUCCAGCAACGUGAUGGAGGAGAUGUGGCUAAUGAGAAGACAACUGACGAUAUGAUCGUAUUUCGCUGUAUUCUCAUAGCAUUACUUUUUCAGACGGCUCCAGACAACGCAGCGCUCAUCAAAUCGGGGGUUUGGGAACAGGUUGUGGCUAUUGUCUAGGGGACAGAGGGUUGGGUACGACGAGCAAGGCCUGAGGCUACGAUACUGGUGACUUGCUGUCUGCGAUGAGUGUACCAACGACUUUUGUUCAGAAAGUUAGAAGAAGAUAAUACAUAGUUGAAUAUGUAGGCACCGUUACUGGUCUUCGUCACCGUUAAGAGCUCGUUGGAUAUUUCCUCGUUUAUGACGAUGAUGGCUCAUUUAGGAGAACCUGGCAG